AUGGCGGCGGCCCAGCAUCGUCAGGUGUGGUGGCCGGGGCGGAUGCCGGCGGCGUUCGGACCCUCCUUCCUCUGCCUCGUCUGCCUCAUCUACUUCAUCCAGGGUUUCAGGUCUUUCGUCUGGACAGCUGUCUCCUACCAAAUGAAGGACUUGAUGAUGCUAUCACCCUCCACAUCACAGUUUCUGGUCUCCCUUGCAUAUUUCCCUUGGAGCAUUAAACCUAUAUAUGGGAUCUUGUCAGACUGCAUUCCAAUUAAGCAGAGGAAGCGUAUACCCUAUUUGAUCAUUUCUAGCUGCCUUUCUCUACUUCCGUGGCUUAUCCUUGGACUAUCACAAACUUUAAGGAGCUCAGCCAAUAUGCUUACUGCCUUGCUCGUAGUACAGAAUCUGGGAUCUGCGAUGGCGGAUGUUGUUAUAGAUGCAAUGGUUGCAGAAGCAGUUCGAUCAGCAGGGCCGGAGUUUGCUGGUGAUCUACAGUCAUUAUCUUGGUCAUCGAUGGCUGUAGGUGGGAUUUUCGGGAGCUUGCUGGGAGGAUAUGCAUUAUCCAAUCUCCCAAUACAUGCUAUAUAUGUUGUUUUCUCAGCCCUCCCAUUCUUGCAACUAGUUUCCUGUAUGUUUGUUGAGGAUUCUCCAAAAGGAUUCCACAGUGCAAAUGAUGAACAUAAGUAUGUAGACAAUCAGAGUUCUGUUACUUCCUUUUCUGAAAAAGGCUCUAGUGAAGCACUUAGAUAUGAGGGCACUAGAAGGCGAAAGGGAACUCGUAAAAAUAAUAAAAGGAGAUCACUGUCAAAGCGAACUGAGCCUGAUGAGAAACACAAUGGAUCAAUUAAUUUGUUGCCAAGUUUGUCUCUGAGAUCAGCCUUCUUCAGCCUGUGCACAGCUUUUAAGCAGCCAAACAUUCUGCGGCCUAUGGCAUGGUUUUUCUUUUCAAAUGUAACAAUUCCAAAUAUCUCCACAGUCAUGUUCUAUUAUCAAACAGAGGACCUAAAUUUGGAGGCAUCCUUUCUAGGGACUGCACGUGUGAUUGGGUGGUUCAGUCUAAUGCUUGGCACCUACACCUACAACCGCUAUUUUAAGCAGAAGAAGCUCAGGAAUAUUCUUGUGUUUGCUCACGUCGGUCUUGCCGUAAUUACCCUACUGGACAUUGUUUUGGUGUCACGGUUACACGUUCAGUAUGGAAUUGCCGAUAAGUACAUGGUGCUGUGGGGUUCUGCUUUGGGUGAUGCAAUCAACCAGUUCAAGAUGAUGCCGUUCCUGAUCCUGUCAGGACAGCUUUGCCCACCUGGAAUCGAGGGCACACUGUUUGCUCUCUUCAUGUCAAUCAACAACCUUGGUUCAACAGUAGGUUCAUUCCUGGGGUCUGCUCUGGCAUCAGCUUUGAACCUCACCACAGGACAGUUUGACAAUCUUGCUCUGGGUUUGGGUGUACAGAUGAUUUGUACUCUGUUACCGAUUGGGUUCCUAUCUCUGAUUCCAAAGGAAGUCACAGGACUAACAUCGUAG